AUGGACGAAAGGAUUCCGCCGCCGUCCCUCUUGCAAUAUUCGCAGUCCCCUGUUCAUUCUUCCCCUCAUCCCCUCAAUUCUAUGAGGUAUUCUUCCUCUGAUAGAGAAAGAUAUCUGGCUGAGUUGCUUGCAGAGAGGCAGAAAUUGGCCCCAUUUGUGCAAGUUCUUCCUUUCUGUACCAGGCUCUUGAACCAAGAGAUUUUGCGUGCAUCUUCUAUGGCGCCUAACCAUAAUUUUGUUGAUCCUGAGAGAAUUGAUCAUGGUAGCCCAUUAAGGUUACCUGGCCACCCAGUGAAUGGUCAGCCAAUGGAUCUGGAGGGCUGGUCAGGGAUGCAAACAGAGGCUUCUCAACAUAUGGGGGUUCUACAAGCAUCAUCAAUGGGCUGGAAUGGUGCUCCUGUACUUGCUGCCACUCCUAUUGUCAAGAAAGUCAUGAGGCUGGAUGUUCCGGUGGACAAGUAUCCUAACUACAACUUUGUUGGUCGUUUAUUGGGGCCGCGAGGUAACUCCCUGAAAAGAGUUGAAGCUUCAACCCAAUGUAGAGUUUACAUUCGAGGACGUGGUUCGGUGAAAGACUCUGUUAAGGAAGACAAGCUGAGGGAUAAACCUGGGUAUGAACACCUUAAUGAACAACUGCAUGUGCUUGUGGAAGCAGAGUUUCCAGUAGAUAUGGUUGAUGCGCGCCUAAAUCAAGCUAUCUCCAUCCUAGAGGAUCUUCUUAAGCCAAUUGACGAGUCCAUGGACUACUACAAGCAGCAGCAGCUGAGGGAGCUGGCAAUUCUAAAUGGCACACUGAGAGAGGAAAGUCCAAGCCCUCUCCUCAGCCCUAGUGUGUCCCCCUUCAACUCCACUGGGAUGAAGCGCGCAAAAACAGGGCGGUAA